AUGGUGGCUCGUCUGUGGUCGCCAUCUUCUUUUGGCGUUUUAAUCCCUCGACCUGGGCCGUCUGCAUCCUGGCCUGCUGAACUUGUCUCUGCAUCCUUCUCAGCUGGGUUUUUGUCAGCCGUUCAGCGCUGCCCCCAGGUCGUGCGUGAUACCAAUGGUCAUCCCGCACGACCGGUGGGUUGA